AUGUAUGAACUAAAUGGAUCUUUUGCAAUUAACAUUGGUAGCAACAUCUCAAGAGGUAAUUCCUGUGGAACAAUUCUUUACAUACUUAUCUCUUCUUAUAAAUUUAAUUCAUCUUCUUGCAAACGUGUAGACCAACUUAGAGUUGCAAGAGCUGCUAGAAUUGCUGAAUUGAUUGCUAUUGAUGAACUUGAGACUGAAUAUAAAGACAUUUGCUCUGUCCUAAUUGAUGUUAUCAAUUAUGGAAAUACAUCAACUCAAAGAAGUGAAGCUGACAGAGUUUACGAUUUCAUGACAUCCUUUGAUUUUGUUCUUGUUAUGCAUAUGAUCAGGGACAUUUUAGGAUUUGCACAAGUACUUUCUCAAGCUUUACAAUGCAAAUCUCAAGAUAUUUUGAAUGCCCUUAAAUUGGUUUCAGUAACAAAGGAUCGACUUCAAAGUUAUAGAAAUAAUGGAUGGAAUGAAUUGUUCACCAAUGUGAAGACAUUUUGUGAUGCACGAAAUAUAGAGAUGCCUGAUAUGUAUGUCAUUUAUAAAGCAGGUCGAGGAAGAAUUCGAAAACAAAAUGAUCCAAUUACCAUGGAGCAUCACUACAGGAUUGAUGUGUUUUUGGCAACGGUUGAUUCUCAUAUACUUGAAAUGAAGAAUAGGUUUAAGGAAGAUGUAAUAGAGUUGCUUAUUCUUAGUUCAACAUUGCACCCCAAAGAUAAUUUCCAGGCUUUCAAUAUUGAACAAAUUUGUCAACUUGCAAACAAGUUUUAUUCAGCUGACUUCACAGAUCAAGAGAAGUUACACUUAAGAACUCAAUUAGAGCUUUUCCAGAUUGAGUUUUCCUAUAAUUUUCAGCUUCAAAAUUUGUCAUCACUUUAG